AGAAUUACAGCAGGCAGUGAGCUUUCAGGCCUGAAAAGUGACAGUGGUGUCGUGGUCGAUUUUCAGUCUUCGCCGGCAUUAAGGUCAAGAUGGUGGCCAGGAUGCUGAGUGCGUUGGUCGUCCUCCAUUCCGUCUUCGAGUCCGGUAGCUGCUGCGGGAAGAAGCAAGAGGCCAAAAUGGGACCUUCCUACCAUGUGCAUCCCAACGAUACGCUGCCCAGCGAUUUGCAGAUUACGGCCUUCUUGGUCAAGGGUGAAGGGAAAAGAUACUUCUACACCCCUCCUACCGACUCGGUCCCCUUAAGCCUCACCCUCACCACGUGCACCUCCCCCGUGUCCUGGUCCUUCGCCCCCAACAACUCCACCGACCCCACUUUCGCCACUAACGCCACCAGCACCCGCCACUUUUCGCCCUCCAAACACACCUUCACGCUCCACCUCCUCGCCCAGAAACACGACACCUUCGUCCACGUUUACGUGAGCACGGAAGUCGGGGGUCCGCAGGCCCUCCAGAAGGCCAAAUCCGUGAAAAUCCGGCUCCUGAAGAGACAGAAAGGGAAGCGUCUAACUGUGAAGUGGAAUCCCAGUUUAGUGGACCCCCAAGGAACCGAUUACUGUCUCAUCACUAGUAUCCACUUCCCCCACACCACUCUUUGCGCCGCCCAGCUUGCCACCCCCAGCAACACCACCGUGACGUGCACAGGCAGCAAAACCCAUCACACGAUCACUGGUCUGACGCACGACCAAAAGUACUACUUCAGCAUUUGGGCCAUCAACCGUCAGUCCAACCUAACGUACUCUUAUGGCACCACCUCCACUAUUUUUGAUGGACGGUUUAGACACACCAGUCUCAAAGACGGGAAGCCGGCCUUUGCCAACUUGAAGCAACUGGAUGGAAAAGCAGUCUUCAGGUACAAAGUUAGCGAGAACAACAGCAAAGCGCUAGAUCUGUUUGUAAUACCUUGUGGGGGGGUGAUCGACGUGGAAGUGGUGUUGAAGGACGUCACGAUAAUACAGCCUAAGAGGGUGGAGAGUUUUGAGAGGUUGACGAUUGAGCAUCCGGUGGCGGCGGGGAGGUACUACGUCAAGGUGUUUGCGUCGAAUAGAGAGGAGCUCAAGAAGAGUUCGGGGGUUGAGAUUUACGCCACCACGAAGUACCCAGCGAUUCCUUUGCCCAGCAUGCCCAAGCUCCUCAAAGUCCAAGAGUACGGGAGCUUGACGACUUGCGACAGCGUGACUGUGGGGUGGGCUGUAGCCCCAAACCUCAAAACAGUACAGUAUUGUCUGUCAGCCAAAAAAGGGAAAAUCAGGGAAAGCGAGGAGUACCGAAUGCCAAAUCAGUGCGGCUUGGAAAACAGACUGAAGAAAUCGACGGACUUUGUGGUGAAGUAUUGCACAGAUGUCAAACCCAACAAUGAAUCUAUCCUUCUGCAAAAAAUCGGCCAACUGAAGCCCAACCGGCUCUACAUCAUCCAGGUCACCGUGAAAAAGCCCAAAGGCAAGACUCUCUCUUACGAUCUGCUGCAAAUCCGCACCAGACCGUCGUGCAAGCGGAAGAAUCUGGACUAGGAAGCGUCCAUUGUUCGAGUUUUUGUUUUGGCGUUUGUUUGAUUCCUGCGAAGAGGCUCUGUUUAUUUAUUUUAUUGAUUUUGUACUUAAGUUUUAUAUUAUUAUAUU